AUGAUCGUAGAUUUAAUAAAAAGCUUACUAUUAUCAAUACCAUCGUAUAUACUCAGUAGCCUACCAGCUAUCGCAACAAUUGGUGCUUCCCCAAUGCGGGGUUUUUUGGAGAAGCUCAUGUGGGUAUUCCGAUGUCUUGGUUGUCCAUUUACUGGGCUGUAUUAUACAUGCAACAUCAGUAAUGAUGAGGCAUCAUUAUGUAUAUACUGGCUUGAAGCACAGUAUUUUAGAUUAACGGGGGGCAACCAUGACGAAGAAAAUUUCAAAAUUGAAGGUCUACCCUACAGACCUUUAGGAAUUCAUUAUAAAAGCCCAAUUCAUGGACAAUUUACACAAGAGAUAAAUGAUAUAAUAGAAGAAUGCACAGCACAAGCAUCUGUUCUUGAAAGGCUAUCAUCAUUACCCCCAGCAUAUUAUAUGGGCGUCGGUAUAUUUGCCGGAAUAUCACGAUUAAUAGAAUCUCGCGAUUGUGAAUUUAUGCCACAUAUAACUGAUGAUCCUGAAUAUUUAUACACAAUUUUGACUGGUAUAAUAUCGAUAGUAAUCCCUUGGACUGUUGUAAUCAUGGCCAAUUUGACGCCUCCAGUUGGCUGUCUCUACCGGUGCAAAUAUUUAAGUGCUCUGGCGUCCACAUGGUCAUUUAAUAGUUUCUUGGCAAUGGUACAACACUUAAUGGGAGAGCAAAGUGUGAAAGGUAAUAAGUAUCUACAUAUAUGGUUUAGCAUUAGCGGUGUAAUAAUUGUUCUCCUUUUGUCUGCUUUUGUCGUGAUAACCAGCAUUUCAUUGUGGGUAGAUCUUUUUGGAGAUUCUUGUUCAUGUACAAUCGUACAUGAAAUGAAUGAGUAA